UUGGAUGAGAGUUGUUUUCGGAGGGCUUCCUACUGGUGCCGUGGUGGUCACAGGUAUCGAAGGAUCGCCCAUUGGGAACUGGCAAGCGGUGUGCAUAGUUGGUUCAGCAUUGCCCUUAUAGAUGUCAUGCUGGCCGUGUGUAUCUGCCAGAGAUAAUGCAGUGAUGUCGCCUCGCUCGAGUGUUCGCGCCACAUCGAUCCAAUACGAUGGGUCUCUUUGUCUUUGGAACGGUCUUUUGGUCUUCGCCACUGCUGAAGCUGAGAUGGCUGGGAGAGAACAUGCCAAAACCAUUUAAAAAGAUUCGCUUCUUUGAGGGCCCUUCAUCAAUUUUGUUGGAUUUUGAUGUCAUAUUGACUCGCUUAGUGAGGAGAGACUCCUGUGGAAUUAGGUGCGGGCAGGCGUUGCUGCUUGGCGAGCUGAUUGCGAUAACUUCUCAGCUGGCAUUUGAAACAUGGGCAGGUGCUAAGGAGACGUGGCUUCGCAUACGGUGUUGCCUGUCAUCAAUGUCUCUCCGAAGAUCCGGGACAUCCUUUCCGGUAGUCAUGGGUAGUGUCGAUAGUCUUCGCGAUCAAGAGUGGCUGCCGUUGACGCUACAUCUGCCAAAGUGACGUGCUGCGGUAACAAUCUGACUCACUUGAAUAACAUCCGGGGAAUUGCUGGGAUGCAUUGCGCGUAACAUCGACUUAGUAUGGACAACAAGAGAUGUGAAUGAUGGUACGGCAGAAGAAGGCUU